AUGAAGAUUUUAUUUAAUAAUAUUUUUGGACUCUUUUGUUUAUUUGUUUUUGUAACAUGGGCAUUAUUUUUAAACAAUAAUGGGAUAUUAUAUCCAGUGUGUUGUUUAAAAAGUGCGGGGGAUACUUACCUAGAUACAUUGAGAGGUUCCAAUUUUAAUAAUGAAUUUAUUGAUUUAUUAAGUAGAAGAGAUAUAUGUAAUACUAUAAAGAAUUAUAUAACUAGGGAACAGAUAAAAUGUGCUAUAAGUUAUGAUGUUCUUAAUAUUAGUAAUAUAAUAAAUGGCCUUGAGAAAACAUUAUUAAGAGAUCAUAAUAUAAUUAUAAAUGGUAAAGAAAAUAUUUUAAAAAAAUAUCUGAACACAUUUUUGACAAUAUAUAUUAAAAGACAAAGUGAAGAUGUAAAUAAUUUUAUAAAAAAGUUUAGUAAUAGUAAAUUGGAUGUAGUAAUAAAUUAUAGAUAUUAUGAAGAGAAAUUUUUAAGUGAAUAUGAAGAAAUUAAUAGCUUAAAAAAAGGGUUUUCAAAUCAUAUUACUGAAAUAAAAGAUAUAUUAAAUAAUAUUAGUUCUUCUAAUAAUUAUAAAAAGAGAAGUGGUGUUAUAUAUUUUCCUGAUGUAAAAGAUACAUUAUAUUCGAAGAUACACAUUUUAAAAGAAAUUUUAUUUAAAUUGAGAAAUAAAGUUUCUUUUAUGUAUAAUAUUAAUUUAGCAUUAGAUGAAUUUAAAGAAAAUUUUGAUAAACAAGUUUAUAAUUUUAAAGGUAAAGAAGGUUUAAAUGAUUUCGUAAGAAUCACAUCAGAUAUUUUAAAACCUACAUCUUCUUUUAAAAAUGUGGAUGAUAUAAAUAAAUUUAAUGUAAAUAACCAAAUGAAUGACAUUCAAAAUGUUAGUGUUAAUAAAGAAGAUCUUAAUGAUUUUAGACGUAAUAUUAUUAACCUGGAUGUACCUAUUCGUGAUCCUAGUUCAUUUUGUUUGAACCAAGUGGAAAACCCCACUGAAAUGAAUAUAAACAACCCAUGUAAUAAUAAUGAUGGGAACAAUAUAAAUUGUAAGGACCUCGUAGAAGAAGACGCGAUGCUUAAUCAUUUUUCUUUUCUAUUACAUCAUUUGGAAAAGAUGACUUGUAUUUUAAUAUUUAGUCUUAAAAACAAGAUAUCGAGUGUUAGAGAUGAUGUUGAAAAAGACAUAAAUAAGAUGGAGAGCGAAUUAAUUAACGUAUCUAAUGAAAUAAAUCGUUUAGAUAUUGUUUUUGAUGUACCACAACAUCAUAUUUUAAAUUACAAUAAUAAAAAUGAAAAUAAGGUUUUGAAUCUUAUGAAUAUAAAAAAUGAAUAUUAUGAAUAUUUAAGUGGAAAUAAUAAAAUAAAUAAUGAUUUAGAUGAUUUUGACAAUACAUUAAUGUUAUUAGAAAGAAAAACUGAUUGGAUAUGUGAACAAAACAUGAUAGCAUAUGGUGAUAGAGAAGAUAUACAUGAAGCCAUAAAUUCUGCCUUAGAAAUUAGUGAUAAGUUAAAAGAUAUGUAUGUUACGGAGAAUUUUAAUUUAUUAAUAACAUAUGAAAAUUUAUAUAAAGAAAUAAAUUUGUUCUUAUAUAAUAAACAAUAUAAUAUAAGCGAAGAAGCUUAUAUAUAUGCAUGGGAUUCGUUAGAAAAUUUUAAAGGAAAAAAAUUACUAACUGAAGGUAUUGACAGACUUGUACGUUCGGUUAUGUCCAUAUCUUAUAUGAUAAAAUAUAUAAAGAUAGCAAAUAAAGAUUUGAAUCCACAAAUAUGUUUUGAUUUAAAUAAAUUAUCUAAUGCAUUUAUGAAUAUAGAAAAAAAAUUAGCUCUAUAUAGAAAUCAAUUUUAUAGAUUAAAUCAUGACAUUACUACAUUAAAAUUAUUUAAAAAUAAUAUAGAAAAAUUAGGAUAUGCAUAUAGAGAUAAUAUGAAUAAAGUACAUAUUAAUAUGGAUACUUAUAAUAUAGCAACGGAAAAUUUACAACACGAAAUUGACAAUAUUCUAGAAAACAUAAGUGAUGUAUUAUAUGAAGAUAUGCUUAUAAAUGAAUUGAAAACAAUGAGAGCAACAUGGAAGAAUUUUGUUUAUGUUAAUUAUGAUUAUUUUAAACAAAAUAAUAAAUUAAUAAAAGAAUUUGAUGAAAACAAAUUAAUUAUAUUUCCACCUCAAUUUGGUCUUAUGAAACAAAGUGAACAAACACAUAUAAGAAACGAUAAUAAUAAAGAUAAUUCUGUUACUUCCUUAGGAUCAUCAUCAUCUAUAUCAACAACAACGUCUUCACCAGAUAAUUAUUUAAUUGGUCAGAAUUUUAUAAAAUCUCCAUACUAUAAUCUAUUAUAUGAGUUUGCUACCGAAAAAAUAAAUUGUGCAAAAACACCAGAAGAAAGAAUUGAAAGUUUUGGAGAGAUAUAUAGAACUAUAGAUCGAGUUUCUAGUCUUAUCAAAGAAAAUAGAAAAAACCUAAGAUCUAAAUAUGAUAAUAUGCGUAUAGAAAUAUUAAAACUUAUCGAUUAUAGAAAAGAUACAUUUGAAGAAACAAAAGAUGUUCAUAAAGAAUUAAUAAGAUUAGAAGGAUUUAUUUUAAAUGCAUUAGAUAAUUUAUUUGCUAAAAGAAUGACAUUAAGUGUCCAGAUGAAAAAUUCUGUUGAAAUGUUAAAAGGAAGUUUAUAUAAAGACAAAUUACCUGAUUAUUGUAAGGCUGUUGAAAUGUUCAUUCCUAAAUAUUUUCUAACAAUGGCAAGAUGGAAAAAUUUUCUUCUUGAAUAUAGAAACAUAAUGCCACCCCAUGUUAUAUCAAAAUUUUAUUCUACAUGA